UAUGUUUCUAAUGUUUUCAUUCGUUUUAUGUUAUAUGAACUCUAUUUCAAAUGUUUAUUGUUUCUAAUAUUUCAGAAUAAUCGUUGCAGUGUAUUUAUUUUGAAUACUAACGUAUCACUAGUCUGUUUAUAAUGGAAUCCAAAUGAUUGCUAUAUUUUCUUAGACACAAUUAAAAAGUGUAAACAAAAAGUUUGCAAGUAAUUAUCAUUGUUGACUAUCAAUAGGAAAUUGAAGUAGUGGAUACAAUCAUUCCUCCACUAAUUCCGGCUUUUUCUUCUUUAUCUUCCAUCACUAAUCAUUCUUCUAUACGUUGCAUCAACUUAAUAAUUCUUGUUAAGCUGCAUUUUCUUCUACCUUGCAUUUCAUUUCUACACCAAUUUCUGAAACUAUUCUUACUCUGUUGAACUACGUUAUGGCGACUAUUUUUGGAGGAGCGCUUCUUACAGCUUCCAUGGAGAUGUUGGUGAAAAAGGUUGUUUCUGGUGAAUUUUUUGAUUUGUUUCGAAGGACUAAGCUUGACGUUGAGCUGUUGGAAAAGCUGGAGAUAACACUGCUGAGUCUUCAAUCUGUACUUUAUGAUGCUGAAGACAGACAGAUCGCUAAUCCUGCUGUCAAGAAGUGGCUGGAGAUGUUGCAAGAUGCUGUCUUUCAAGCUGACCAACUUUUCGACGAGCUCAACACCGAAGCUUUAAGGUGCCAAGUUGAAGCUGAUCAGGUUCUUAAAAAAUUUUUAGAUUAUUUUAAAAGGUUUAAUAAAAAGAUCAAUUCUAAAUUGCAAAAACUAUUUGGAAGAUUAGAACAUUUGAGAAACCAAAAUCUUGGAUUGAAAGAAGGUGUUUCCAGUUGUGUUAGGAAUAUAACUCCUACAAGCCCUUUUUUAGGAGAUGAAUCUGAUAUUAAAGGCAGAGAUGAUGACAAAAAGAAACUUAAAGAGUUUCUGCUGUCAGAGGGUGGCAAUGAUGGUGGAAGUAAAAUAGGAGUGAUUUCCAUUGUGGGUAUGGGAGGGUUAGGAAAAACAACCCUAGCUAAACUCCUUUACCAUGACCGUGUUGUGAAGGAGAAGUUUGAUGUCAGAGGGUGGGCACAUAUUCCAAAAGAUUUUGAUGUUAUCACUAUCACUAAAACCAUUCUUAAAUCUGUCACUUCAGGAACAAUUACAGAAACUGACUUAGUUAAACUCGAAGAUCAGUUGCAGCAAAGUUUAAGUAACAAAAAGUUUUUGUUAGUACUUGAUGAUAUAUGGUAUGGAAACUAUAUUGGUUGGAAUAGUCUAAGUGAUAUCUUUAAUGUUGGACAAAUAGGAAGUAAGAUCAUCAUCACAACUCGAGAUGUAAGAGUCGCACUACCCAAGCAAAAAUCUCUCCAUGUCCACCAUUUAAGAUCUUUGGAAACUGAAGAUUCAUGGUCUUUACUAGCCAGACAUGCAUUUGUAGAAACAAACUACCAACAACAUCCCAGUUUAGAAAUAACUGGUAGAGAAAUUGCCAAAAAAUGUGGCGGUUUACCAUUAGCUGCAAUAGCACUUGGGGGUAUUCUCCGGUUCAUGUCACCGGAUCGUUGGAGUGAUGUGUUAAAAAGUAGUAUUUGGGAACAUACAAGUGAAGUUGUGGAACCAUCUCUGCUACUGAGCUAUCAUUACCUUCCAGCUUCUCUAAAAGGAUGCUUUGCUUAUUGUGCAAUUUUUCCAAAGAACUCAGUCUUAGUGAAAAAGACGAUGGUUCAGUUGUGGAUUGCAGAAGGCUUAAUACCUCAGCCAAAAAAUGAGAAUAGUUGGGAAAAAGUAGCUGAAGAAUUCUUUGACGAGUUAGUGUCUAGGUCUCUGAUACGUCAACGGUUCCUUGCUCAUGAGCAAAACAACUUUGAAAUGCAUGAUCUAAUCAAUGAUUUAGCUAUGGCAGUUUCAUUUCCGUAUUGCAUUAGGUUGGACGAACAUAAGCCAGAUGAAAGGGUGCGACACUUGUCAUACGACACAAUAGAAUAUAACUCAUACAGUAAAAUUGAAAAAUUGCAUGGACUAAAUGGUCUACGAACCGUUUUACCGUUGAACUUCCAAGCCUCAUGGGAUUAUGACAAUUUUGGGUCGUGGAAGUUAUUUUUUGACUUGUUGUCAAAAAUGACACACUUACACGUGUUGUCACUUUCACCCUACAGAAAUAUCACUGAGUUGCCCAACUCAAUUGGAAAUUUGACGUAUCUGCGAUACUUAAAUCUCUCUGAAACUUGGAUUAAAACGUUGCCUUUAGAAACAUGCAAGCUUUACAAUUUGCAGACUUUGUUGUUGUCAUAUUGCUGUAGACUCGAAGAAUUGCCAAAAGACAUGGGGAAAUUGGUAAAACUUCGCCACCUUGACAUCAUAGGCACUAAUUUGAAAAAAAUGCCUGCACAACUAUCCAAAUUAGAAAAUCUACAAACAUUGUCAGAUUUUAUUGUGAGCAGCGUUAAGGAUGUAGGAUUAAAGAUUGAAGAUCUUGGAAAAUUUCCCCAUCUACGAGGAAGCCUUUCCAUCUCACAUCUUGAAAAUGUAACUGACUCAUCUCAAGCUUCUCAAGCAAACUUGGAGAUGAAAAACGAAAUUGACGAGUUGGAACUAGGAUGGUCUUACACUGCUCCUUCAAACUCAGAAAUACAAGUACUCGAACGGCUGCGUCCGUCGACAAAUUUGAAGAGUUUGUCCAUCUCUAGAUUUGGUGGAGAUAAAUUAUCAAAUUGGGUGGGAGAUCCUUUAUUUAUAAACAUGGUGUGUUUGAUGAUCACAGGGUGUAAAAACAUUUCAGUGCUUCCAUCCCUAGGGCAACUCGGUAAUCUAAAACAACUUUAUUUUAGUGAGAUGGAAUCUGUAAAGAGUGUUGGUAUCGAGUUUUAUGGAAGUGGUUCUUCUUCAUUUCAACCAUUUACCUCUUUAGAGAUUCUAAGCUUUGAAAAGAUGCCAGAGUGGGAGGAAUGGGAGUUGAUUGGAGGUACAUCUAUAGAGUUUCCUAGUCUUAUAAACUUGUCUCUAAAUUACUGUCCAAAACUGAAAGAAAACAUACCUGGCAACCUUCCUAAGCUCGAAAGAUUGUCACUUCAAAAUUGUCCAGAACUUGAAGGGAUGACACCCGACAAUCUUCCUUCUCUUGCCGUUCUUAGAUUAAAGGUGUGUCCCUUAUUGAUGGGGUCAAUACAUUCUAUUACAAACCCACCAUGUGACGUAUUCAGCCAAUUGGUGAUUUGUCUCAAUUCUCUUCAAGAGCUGAAGUUAUACAGUAUUCCAUCUCUAACAUCAUUUCCGAUAGAUGGUCUUCCCAAAACCUUACAAACUCUCUCUAUUGAUUAUUGUGAGAAUCUGGAGUUCUUUUCUCAUGCAUCUUUUCACAAUUACUCAUCACUCGAGGAUUUGCAAAUACGCAAUAGUUGUAAUACAAUGACAUCAUUUACCUUGGGCUCUCUCCCUGUCCUCAAAAGUCUAUAUAUUUCCGAUUGUAAACAUUUAAAAUCCAUAUCAAUAGCAGAAGAUGCAUCAGAACCAAAUCUAGUGUUUCUCAGAACCAUCUAUGUAGGGGAUUGCAAUGAACUGGAGUCAGUUUCUCUAAAUGGAUUACCCAUUCCUAAACUCACUGAUUUACAUUUAUGGGACUGUAAGAAGUUACGUUCUCUACGUGAAUCAAUAAAUACUUUAACUAGCCUUCAACAUAUGGGAAUUAAUGACCUUCCAAAUCUGCAAUCGUUUUCCAUAGAUGAUUUGCCUAUCAAUUUGCGGCGGCUGUCGGUCGGCAAUGUUGGAGGGAUUUUGUGGAAUAAAACUUGGGAACAUCACACUUCUCUUUCAGAGUUAUAUCUUAAGGGUGGUGAUAUUGUGAAGGAGCUGAUGAAAAGGCAAGCUCCGUUUCUACCCACUAAUCUCGUUUCCUUACAUAUCUAUGGUCUUGAAAUAGAAUGCUUAGAUGGGAAGUGGCUUCAACAUCUCACCUCUCUCCAUAAACUUUGUAUUUUUACUUCACCCAAGCUCAAGUCAUUGCCUGAAAAGGGGGAAUUGCCUUCCUCUCUUAAACAACUGUAUAUCAGUUUGUGUCCGUUGUUGAAAGCAAAUUUGCAGAGGAAGGAAGGGAAAGAGUGGCGUAAGAUUUCUCACAUUCCCUUCAUUUCUAUAAACACCGAAAUCAUCAAAUGAAUAUUACAUAAGGUUGGCGUUCAAAACCUAUUUUAUUCUUGGUGCUGACAUGGGUUGCUGAAAAGGUUUGAGAAUUCCAACAACAGACUAGUCACAUUCUCAAAGAAGGUUUUAUGAAUUACGUAGAAAAAGAUGCAGCUAUCUAUCAAGAAAUUUUGUUGCUUUGCGGAUUCUUUAAAGUGGAGAAUAUGAGAGAGCGUAUGGACCUUUUCAUUGGGUUGGUUGGUGUUGACCCUCCGAAAACGGAUUUUGAGAUGAUGGAGAUUCUAAGAGAGGAAAUUACAAAGCUAGAGACACUACAAUUGAUUAUUCCAAACAGCUUUGCAAGAAAGUGUUUGUAUUCCCUAUGAGACAUUUAACCAAAUGAUGCACACUCCAAGACAACAUGGCUGGCAUCCUCAACAUUGAUGUGCAUUGUUUUGGGAUUGCUAGUACUCUUCCGCAAGAGGUUAUAAUCCUGCCUCAGCUGCAGUUUAUGGAUCAGUUCAAAUUUUCUACACAUAGAAUUCUUGGAUGGAAGUGGCUUCAAUGUGGUUGCCAGGAGAGGGGAAGUUGCAUUCCUCUCUUAAAGAAAUGAAAAUCAAUUUGUGUCCAUUAAUUGAAUCAGGUAGAUUUCUAAGUUGUUGAAGAUUCUAAGAGAGCCAUUUGCAAUGCUAGAGACAAAACAAGUGUCGACUUCAUAUAUAAAAGAUGUUUAAGUGCUGUCUGGCUUCUCAGGUUUGUGUCUACUCAACUGGAGGUAGAUUCACCCAAUGGUUUACUCUACUUCAAAGAGAACAAAUUGCAAAACGAGAGACAAAACAAUUGAAGGAAAGGUUUUAUAAUCUUGGAAUAAUAUUGAUGUCACAAACAAAUAGGAUUGCAAGAAAGUGUUUGUAGUAUCCCCUAUGAGGCCUUUAACCAAAUGUUUAACUCUGCAAGGCAACAACAUGAUUGUGACUGUGAGUAUUCUUUAAUAAGAUCUCAAUUUCUAUUUGAUGUAUAUCUGUUUACUCCUACCUGAGCGGAAAUUUUGAAAGACGUGUUUGUGUCCUAGUAAGUUAUAAUGCUUUGAAUCAUAUGUGUAGACGAAUUUGAAUCCCAACUUUCAAAGCAUGGAAGUCUUUAAGAAGCAGUACUUUUAUGACUAGCAUGCCAUAGAUGUGAGUGUCCCUAAUCCGUUUUCAUUAGUACUAAGAAUACUGCUCAUGUCGUUUUUAUUCAUUUUAAAGCCAAAUUAUGUUUCUAUAACAAGGCGUUCUCAACAUUGAGCUGCAUGGCUUGAGAUUUCUAAAAGAAGUGAAAAAUCAUGCCUCAGCUGCAGUUUAUAUGGAUUAGUUUUACACAUCUCUAAUCAUAAAGAUAUAGAAUGCUUGGAUGGAAAGUGGUUUAAACAUGGUUAUCAGAAGAGGGGAAGUUGCCCUCGCGCUUAAAGAACUGAAAAUCAAUUUGUAUGGAAGAAACAAAAUUGAUCAUAUUCCCAACAUGCUUAUAGAUUAUGAAUUGAUCACAUUCAAAGAGUAUCAUGUCUCGGUGAGUCGCUGAAAUACUUCUUCUUUCAUGUUUCUUGUUAUAAAUAUGCAAUUAAUAAAUAUUAUAAAUAUGUUGGGCACAAUCAUGGAGAAACCAGGAGGAAUUGCAAAACUGCUCAUGGAUCAACUGGACCUCACAAACCAAAGGGGAUUGCAAGAAAGUCUUUGCACAUGAGGUUGAUUCAAAGAUGAAGGAGAUUCAAAGAGAACAAACUGCAAAGCGAGAGGCAAAACAAUUGAAAGAAAGGUUUUAUAAUCUUGGAAAUAUGGACGUCACAAACAAACAGGAUUGCAAGAAAGUGUUUGUAUCUCCUUUGAGGCAUUUGACUCUCCAAAACUACAACAUGGCUAUAUAUAAUGCUUGGACUUGGAUGGAAAGUGACUUAAACACGGUUGUCAGAAGAGGGGAAGUUUCCCUAUCUCUUCAAGAUCUGAACAUCAAUUUGUGCGGAAGAAAUGAGGAAAAAAGUGGUGUAAGAUUGCUCAUAUUCCCAGCAUGUUUAUGUGUCCCGGUGCUCACAUUUGGGGUUGAAGUUCAGAAUUCCAACACAGACAAGUAGAUUUCUAAAAUGGUGAGAUUCUAAGAGAGCAAAUUGGAAGCUAGAUAUAAAACAAGUAUACAAUUGUUGUUGGGCACACUCAUGGAGAAAUCUGGAGGAAAUGCAAAAUUACUCAUGGAUCGGCUGGACCUCACAAACCAGGAGGAUCACAAAAGUAAUAGUUGCAGGUCUGACAUAGUGAUAUGAUAUCACCGAUGAUGCACUCUGCAAGGCUUCGUUUCAUGGCUAAGAUAGAUUUCUAAAAUGGUGAAGAUUCUUAGAGGGAAAUUUGCAAUGCUAGAGACAAAUUAAAGCAGAUUGUAGAUUAAAAAAUUAUGGGCCUCACGAUCCAAGAGGAUCACAAAAAAGUCUUGAUAUGUGUGGUAACAGUUUGACAUAAUGAUAUUUGUGAUUAAGAUUGGGGGCUGAAAUUCAGAAUUCCAACUGCAGACAAAGUCAGAUUUCUAAGAUGGUGAAGAUUCUAAGAGAAAAAAUUGCAAGCUAGCUAGAAAACAAGUAUGCGUUCCUUUCUAUUUACCGUAGACAACUGUUGGGCACAGUCAUGGAGAAAUCGGGAGGAAUUGCAAAAUUACUCAUACCGUAGAACCGUCCAAUGAUUUUCCUACGAAUCUGAAUGAUUGAUAUCCGGAAAAUUUCCAUACGUCUGCAGAGAGAUCCUCCACAUCAGUCAAGAUACAUUCAUCCUAUAUUUGAGGCAUUCAAAAAUGGAGUAUCCCGCCACCUUCAAGGAAAAGAAGAGAGCCAUCUUGGAAAGACUCAAGAGUUUAGUUGUGAUCAUAGCAACAACUUUGCCUAGUUUUGUUGGAUACAUUGCAACACCUUUUUAUUCAUUUUUGUUGUCUGAUAAGUGAAUACGUGAGUUCAGUUGCUGUAAUAAAUUGUAACAUGUAAAACAUAAAUAUGAUUAAUAAAACGGAACUACAGCUGCUCUGUAGUCGGAGACGUAGGCACACAAUUGGCCGAACUUCGUUAUCAAAUAUUGUGUGUUCUCUUUAUGUAUUUUUUUUUUUUGUAUUUGUUUAGUUUUGAACUCCUUUCUUGACCUGUAAAGAUGUCAUGAGUUUAACAAAAGUAUAUCACAACUUGGAUGAAGAAAUGGCAAACAUGUGUGUUUACUAAUGCAGUUCUCUGGUGAACAUUGAUCUUGAGAAGCAAGGGAAAUGUCAUAUAAAAUGAAUAUUUUUCAUAGGACUGGUAAACAUGCAGGCAUGACAUUUUCUUGGAUGCAUGUUGCUUCUAAUUAAGCUUCCUUAGAUUUUUAGGAGGAUAAAGAUGUAACCUCGAAGAGGAGUGACUCAAGGACUUAUUUUGUGUAUAACACGUGAUGGGUAUAGUUGGAUUCUUUUUGGAGAGGCUUAAUAUUUGUAGGUGAAUGUUGUAGUAUUAUAAAUUUAUCCAUCAUAGACACAUCAUAAUUUAAGAGUACUUUUAUGGUUUUCCACG